CAACUAUUCUGCUCCUAAUUUUUCUAUAAGUAAUCACAAGGUUUCAUAUUGUUCAAAUAUCGAAGGAAGCCUUCUUGCAUAGCAUUGUAGACAUGAACUCCCUUUGUUCCAUCUUAGCUGUUCUCUCAUUUGUUUUGUUCACUACAACUAUAGAAUCAUCAAGAAUAGUUGCAGGUGGCUACAAGGAAAAUGCUAUUGAAAGGCAGCCCAUGCCACAAAACUUAUGGCAACUCAUGAAAGAACAACUUGACAUUGAUAAUGUUGAUCUUUCUGAUGAUAUAGAUGAGAAACCUGACUGCCAUGAUCUGAAACCUCGCAUUGAGUUUGAUAUGGUUGAGUUAAAAUGGAAUAAAUACAAUGAUGGUGAAGUAGUAAAAUCCAGUACUCUUGAAGACAAGUCUGAUUCUGUUAAGGAAAUAGGUUACAUGCGCCCAAACAAUAAUGGUCAUGAAGAAAUGCAGCCAUUUGAAGCCGAAGCCAACAUGAAUGCAUCUGAUGAAGACUUUGAAUCAAGGCUAUAUACUUCUGUUUAUAAUAACUGAGGGAAACAAGAGGGGUGAAAUAUUGGGGGCAAUUGAUCUGGUGCUUUUUGAUUAAGUCGAAGUUUUUAUAACUAUAAGAUCUAUGUGGUUUGAUGUUUUA